UGUUUAGACGGGAAUAUUUUGAUACGUUUGUUAUUGUUUGAUGUGAUUGUGAUACCAAUACUCGUGUAGUGAUGGGUGUGUAGUGGAAUGGAUAUUUGUUGAAGCGGUUGAUAAUGUCGAAGACUCUCAACGCAUAUAGAAUAAAGAAGAUCGAAUCGCUCGGCAGGAUGACGGCGAUGUCGCAGGAGGAGAUGGUCGCCGGCGCGCGCACCGUCGCCGCAGGGCUCGAGGCCCUCAGGGCUGAACACGCGCAGCUGUUGGCUGGGUUAGCAGCCAAUACAGAGCAUGAACAUGAGAAGGCUGCGCUUGUGAGGAAGAGCAUCGAUGCUAUCGAGCUGGGACUUGGAGAGGCACAGGUGAUGAUGGCCCUAGCCUCCCACCUCCAAUCAGUCGAGGCCGAGAAACAGAAGCUCCGCACCCAGGUCCGCCGUCUGUGCCAGGAGAACGCCUGGCUGCGGGACGAGCUGGCCGCUGCACAGCAAAGACUGCAGGCUUCGGAGCAAAGAGUUGCACAACUCGAAGAGGAGAACAAGCAUUUGGACUUCAUGGCAUCCAUACGCAAAUACGACAGCGACGUGACAGAAGAAUCGGAGACCAGUCGCAGCGCACAGUCAGAGAGCAAGCGUGACGACCCCAUGGUCGAUCUGUUCCCGGAUGAUGACCACGAUGAUAAUCGCAACAACAAGUCGAUGUCCCCGACCCCGCAGUCGCAGUUCGCGCAGCAGGUGACGGCGGGGUACGAGAUCCCGGCGCGGCUGCGCACGCUGCACAACCUCGUGAUCCAGUACGCGUCGCAGGGCCGCUACGAGGUGGCCGUGCCGCUGUGCAAGCAGGCGCUCGAGGACCUCGAGAAGACCUCGGGCCACGACCACCCCGACGUGGCCACCAUGCUCAACAUACUGGCGCUGGUCUACAGGGACCAGAACAAGUACAAGGAAGCGGCGAAUCUGCUGAACGAUGCUCUCUCCAUCCGUGAGAAGACGCUCGGUGAAAACCACCCCGCUGUCGCCGCCACACUCAACAACCUGGCUGUUCUAUAUGGCAAACGAGGCAAGUACCGCGAGGCGGAGCCACUGUGCAAGCGCGCGCUCUGCAUCCGCGAGGCCGUGCUGGGCCGCGACCACCCCGACGUGGCCAAGCAGCUCAACAACCUCGCGCUGCUCUGCCAGAACCAGAACAAAUAUGAGGAAGUGGAGCAGUACUACCAGCGCGCGCUGGAGAUAUACGAGAGCAAGCUCGGCCCCGACGACCCCAACGUCGCCAAGACCAAGAACAACCUCGCCUCCUGCUACCUCAAGCAGGGAAAGUACAAAGAGGCGGAGACGUUAUACAAGCAAGUGCUGACGCGGGCGCACGAGCGGGAAUUCGGAACCAUCGACGGCGACAACAAGCCCAUCUGGCAAGUGGCGGAAGAGCGUGAGGAGAACAAACACCUGCAGAAGGAAAACGCGCCGUACGGGGAAUAUGGCGGCUGGCACAAAGCUGCCAAGGUGGACUCGCCGACGGUGACCACCACCCUGAAGAACCUGGGCGCGCUGUACCGGCGCCAGGGCAAGUACGAGGCGGCCGAGACCCUCGAGGACUGCGCGCUGCGCAGCAGGAAGGAGGCGUUGGACAUCGUGAAGCAGUCGCGGCGCCGCCCCGGCCGCGACGAGCCGCCGCCCGACAACCACGACGAGGGUGCGAACCCGGCGAGCGAGCCCCGCAUGAACCUAAAGUCGAAGCUGUUCAAUGCGCUAGGCAUCAACACGCAGCAGCCGUAGUUAGUUAGUUAAUUAGUUAGUUAGUUAAGUUAGUUUAAGUCACGCUUGGACGCGGGUGACGCUGGGCGAGGUGUUAGUUACAUUACCCGACUGCGUGAAGCAUAGGGG